AUGGGACUGCCAAAUUUGACGGAAGGAGUAGCGGUCGCAGCCUUCCAAAACGGAUUAAGCAGAAGCGGGUCGAAGGCAACCAAGAAGUUACUCAACCGACUCAUGACGUACCCUCCCACUACAUGGGAGGAAAUCCAUAAUGCCUACUGCGCCGAAGUAAGAGCAGAUGAAGACGAUCUCAACGGUCCAACACAGCGACUAAUGUCAGUACAAUCCGAGGGACACCUGAAAGAACUGCUCAGUGAUAAAGGAAGGGCCAACUUCGCCAGGGGGCGCGACCCAUCUCAAGGACCACCAAGGCCACCGUCGCCAGCACGCACCAUACAAAUGAUUAUUAGCGGCGGUGACGACUCAAUGAUCAAUCACGUAAAGUUCACCACCACACACAAGCUGAAGCGUACAAUCGCUCACGAACGGUACGAUGGCUUCGAAGAUAGUAUCAUUUUUGAAAAGUCAGAUGCCGACGGUUUGUCUUUACCUCAUUACGAUGCUUUAGUCAUAACAUUACGCAUUGCUGAUACAGAUGUGAAAAGAAUUAUGGCAGACGACGGAAGCGGGGCGUGUAUUAUCCACCCGAGAGUUCUCAUGCGAAUGAAGCUCGAGGAUAAGAUAAUAACCCAUUGCAUAACACUAACGGGUUUUAAUAAUGCAGUAGAACGGACGUCUGGAGAAAUAGCACUGCCAGUCCUGGCUGGGGGAGUCACACUGGAAACUACAUUCCACGUCAUGGAUCAGGAAACUGCGUACAAUGCCAUCAUAGGAAGCCUAUGGAUACAUGCCAUGCAAGCCGUCCCCUCAAGCUUUUAUCAGGUAAUCAAAUUUCCCACCCGGUAG